AUGGAAGUGGAGAACCAGACACGGGUCACCAGGUUCCUUCUGGUGGGGUUUCCUGGGAACUGGGGUGUGCGUUCAACAGUGUUCCUCAUGUUGCUCGUGGCCUAUAUUCCGACAGUGGCUGAAAAUGUGAUCGUCAUCCUGUUGGUGCAGCAGAACCUGCCACUGCACGAGCCUGUGUACUUCUUCGUGGCCAGCCUGUCCUUGGAGACCUGGUGCAUCUCUGUGACUGUACCCAGGUUGCUGUUUAGUUUUUGGUCCGUGAGCAACAGCAUCUCCUUCACUCACUGUAUGAUACAACUUUACUUCUUCAUUGCACUCAAGUGCACAGAACGUGUGCUCCUGGCUGCCGUGGCCUGUGACCGUUAUGUGGCCAUCUGCCGCCCACUGCACUGCCCCACCAUUAUGAGCCAUGGGCUCUGCUUCCUCCUGCCUCUUGGUUCCUGUACCAAUGGCUUUGGCAUCUCCUUGGCUAAGAUCUACUGCAUCUCUUGCCUCAGCUUCUGUGGCCCCAAUAUCGUCGAUCAUUUCUUCUGUGAUAUCUGUCCAGUACUUAAGCUCUCCUGCACAGACAUGUCCACAGCUGAACUGGUGGACUUUGUCCCGGCACUGGUCAUCUUCCUGUCCCCCGCUCUCACUGUCCUGUCCUGUGGAUGCAUUCUGGCCACCAUCCUACGCAUGCCCACAGGAAAGCAGAAGGCGUUUCCUGCUUGUGCCUCCCACCUCGUGGUGGGCACCAUCUUCUCUUCAGCUGCUAUUUUCAUGUAUGUCUGGCCCCGAGCCAUUCAUGCCUUCAACAUGAACAUUAUUUCCAUCUUCUAUGCCAUUGUUACCCCUGCUCUUAACCCUUUCAUUUAUUGUCUAAGGAACCGAGAGGUCAGAGAGGCUCUGAAGAAACUGGCUUACUGCCAGCCACCCGAUCUCAUGGAGGGGAACCAAUCAUGGGUCACAGAAUUCAUCCUGGUGGGAUUCCAGCUCAGUGAAGACAUAGAAUUUUUCCUCUUCGUUAUCUUCUUCCUAUUUUAUAUCUUCAACCUGCUGGCAAAUGGCAUGAUCUUGGGACUCAUUUGCCUAGACCCCAGGCUGCACUCCCCCAUGUACUCCUUCCUUUCUCAUCUGGCCAUCACUGACGUAUCCUAUGCUUCCAGCAAUUUACCCAAUAUGCUGGAAAACCUAGUGAAACACAAAAAAACUAUCUCCUAUUUCUCAUGCACCAAGCAGAUGGUUUUCUUGGCCUUUGCUUCCGUAGAGCACCUGACUUUGGUGGUGAUGUCCAGUGACAGGUAUGUGGCGAUCUGCCAUUCCCUCCAGUACACUGUCAUCAUGAACUGGAGAGCGUGCACGUUCCUGGCCAUCAUUUGCUGGCCACGUGGAUUUUCCCUGGCCCUAGUACAAGAAAGUCUCUUUCUAAGGCUGCCCUUCUGUGGGCCCCAGAAGGUGAACCACUUCUUCUGUGAAAUCUGAUCUGUCCUCAAAGUGACCUGUGGUGAAACCUGGAUCAAUGAAAUUUUCCUCUUUGCUGACAGUGUGUUUAUCUUAACUGUGCCCCUUUCCCUGCUUCUGGUCUCCUACGUGCGCAUCCUCUGGGCCAUCCCGAAGAUCCAGUCAAAGGAGGGCUGCAAGAAAGCCUCUUCCACCUGCUCCUCCCACCUCUGUGUGGUUGGGUUCUACUUUGGCAUCGCCAUGAUGGUUUAUAUGGUCCCUGGCAAUAGUCAGUGAGAGGAGCAGCUGAAGAUCCAUUUCGUGUUUUACACUGUCUUCAACCCAUUGCUCAACCCCCUCAUCUACAGUGUAAGGGAUGCUCAAGUGAAGGCUGCUUUCCACAGAGUAUUGCAGAAAAGUAGAACAAUUUGGCACAAGGCACAAUUAUAG